AUGUCUUUCUCUGCAGCUGCCACAGACCAUGCAAAGCCCCAAUUCACCGAUUCAGCUGUACAGGACAUCCUCACCAGGAUUACAGGCCUGGACCUGCAGAAAGUGUACAGACCAAUUAAGCAGGAGCUGAAGCCACCCACGUAUAAACUCAUGACAGAUGAACAGCUGGAACAGGCAGUCGAGUUAGCCAAAGAGCAAGCUAAAAAGCUGCUGCAGAUGCCCCUUGUGUUGCAAGAGAGGAAGCCCAUCAGCGAUGUGCUCUGCGAGGAUAAGAUCCUGGACGGCAUGGACACAGCUAAAUACGCCUUUACAGACAUCACCUAUAAUAUUCCACACAGGGAGAGAUUUAUAGUUGUACGGGAACCUAAUGGAAUCCUUAGGAAGGCCACUUGGGAAGAGAGAGACCGACUUAUCCAGGUCUACUUCCCUAAGGAGGGACGCAAGCUCACUGCACCACUUCUGUUCAAAGAGGAGAACCUCAAGGUAGGACCUAAGAAUCCUCCUACCUCUCUUGUACACACGACCACAUAUGAGGACUUGGACAAGCAUGGCAAAUAUGAUCUGCUGCGGUCCACCAGACACUUCGGAGGCAUGGCCUGGUACUUAGUCAGUGUUCGCAGGGUGGAUGGGCUCAUAGUGGACAUGCUAAAAAGAGAGCUGCUCCAGGAUGCUGUAAGCCUCGUGUCUCUGUUCCACAUGGUCCACCCCCACAGUGAGUCAGCCCGGGAAGCUGCCAGCCAACAGGCCACAGGCACCGACCUGCUUAAGAUCUAUGCCCAGAGGGACUCCCAAAGGUCGGGCUACAUCGAGCUGGCUCUGCAGGCCUAUGAACAGACUGCUGUUGAGGGCUCUGCUUCAUGAUUGGUCCAUACCUCAAUAGAGAAAUGCUAUACAGAACGUCUGGAAAUCCUGCCUCUCGUGUAUAAAAUAUGACAGUUUGUUGUUUUUGUGUUGGGCCAAGAGUAAAAUAUGCUUCUCCAAAGGAAACCUUUUCACAUCACAACCAACAAUUUGAAGAGUUGGCUGCAACGUCUUGUGAGAUACUUUAAGAUGUUUAUUUCUUAUGCGGAGAAAUUGUCAGUGUAGUUCUUUGAAUCAAGCUUCAUGUCUGCUUAUAUCAUGUACAUAAAAUAAAUACAGCCUUUGUA